AUGAGCAAGAAAACGGCGAUCGUCACCGGGUCAAGCCAGGGCAUUGGAGAAGCUAUUGUACGCCGACUCGCUGCUGAGGGCUAUGCUGUCGUGGUCAAUGACCUCCAGGUCAACGACGACAAGAUACAAAAGCUCGUCGAUGAGUUGAACGCCACUCACGGCGACGGCACCGCUCUGGGUAUUGUCGCCGACGUGACUUCUUCGGCCGAAGUGGUCUCCAUGAUCAGUGAAGCCGUGCAAAAGCUGGGCCCCUUACGGGUCAUGGUCGCCAAUGCGGGAAUCGCACGGACUUCUCUCGCUCUGGAGACAUCGGAGGAGGACGUACGCACAUUGUUCGACGUCAACUUCAUGGGUGUCUGGCUGUGCUACACACACGCCGCGCGACAAAUGAUCUCCCAGGGCCCCGUGCCGGAAGGCUCUGUUGGUUAUCGAAUCCUGGGAGCAGCGAGUAUUGCAGCGUUCAAGCCGACCCCUCUGUUCAGCCACUACGGCGCCACCAAGUGGGCAGUCAGAGGGUUCACCCAGGUCUUCGCUAUGGAGAUGGCGAAGUACAAGAUCAACGUGAACGCGUAUGCGCCAGGCAUCGUCGGCACGGCCAUUUGGGACAACAUCGACACGGAGAGGUUCCAGAAGGCCGAGGAUAUGACUGCCUUGGGGCGCACCAGUGUACCCGAGGACGUGGGAAAUCCGGUGGGCGGAUUCCUCUGCUCCAAAGAUGCAGACUUUAUCACGGGUCAAACACUGGUCAUAGACGGGGGGAUUGUUUUUACCUAG